AUGGACAAUCCUCGCCGAGUGCAACAGAUGUUAGUAGUGCCGCCGGAGAUACAAAGAUGGCCCACAUUACUUUCACCCAAUGAGAUUAACCAAAUAGCCGAUCGAUUAGGACGCAUCGGGGAUUUCAAGGACAUUAAGUCCGAUGGGUAUUUGGUAGAGGCUUUGGUGCAUCUCUGGGACCCCACUUGUUCUGCUUUUAGACUUGGGAAAAGGGAGAUGACCAUAACGAUUGAGGAAGUUGCCGGAUUUCUCAAUUUGCCGAUCCAAGGAACUGCCGUGAUAUUUCCGUUAGUAUCUAACAAAGAUGAAUUUUGCCGUUUCACUGGGUUAAAGGAAUCAGUACUGCAAGGGGCAGACCAAAAUGUAGAGGCGAAGUUCUUAUUUGAUCGAUUCGCAUUAAGAGAUGGUUUUGAGAGGCAUCGAGGGGAUUUUUCGUUUACGUCCGAGGAAAUAUGGGAACGAAAGAGAGUUUGGGUAUAUGGAUUAGUCAUGGCUGGAACCUACUUUUUCCCUAGGAAAGACAAAAAGAUAGCCUUCAAGUUCACUAAAAUCUUGUACGACUUGUUUCUAGGAAUAAAAGAUAAACAGUGUUCCAUUGUUCCAACUAUUUUGGCCGACAUCUUCAUAGCUUGCACUACCUGUCAGAGAGGGGAAAAGUUCUUUUGUGGGUCAAAUUUGAUUUUACAUGUGUGGGGGAUGGAGCACUUCAUGAGACGACCGUCUAUUCCCGAGAGUCUACCAAUGGCCGGAUAUAAUUGGGUAAUCACACAUCACAAGAGGAUCAAUAGUAGGAGUUCACCGUGUAAUGCAUCCGAGUUUGUGAACUUUUUAACGAAUGUGACCAAUCAAAAGGUGAGAUGGGUAUUGGAUUGGACCAAUUGUGUCAAGCCUGUCCUUCGCACCAAGGCAUCCGAGUUUGUUCCUUUAUUGGGUACUCAGGGUAUCAUGGCAUACAAUCCAAGAAGGUUCCUCCGACAAUUAGGGCGAGUUCAAGAUGUGCCGUCUGCAGUUGAUCUGACUACAUUUACCAUCAUUUUCGACAAAGGGAUAUGUCCGAGAGAAAUUCCGAUGAAGAUUCUUCUUGAUGAGGCCUGGGAGACGUUGUCCGACGAUGAACGCGUCAAGUACGUUCCAGAACUCAAACAAAGGGGAUUGACCACUCCGCAAUACGAAGACUGGGUAGGAGGAUCCGUUGCGCAAGAAAUUCAAGAUGAGCCAUCUGAGGAGGUGAAAAAGUUGAAAGUCAUUAUCGAAGCAAAGGAUAAGGAAAUUCUGCAGUUAAGUAAGUCUGUCGAAGCAUACAAAGGGAUGGCCGAGCAAAGCAAGCAAUUGUAUGAAAAGGAACGAGGAAGGCGUCAAGAGCUGAAAAGGAAAUGUGCAGAAUUAUAUGACCAAACUGAAUGUGUUAGAAUUCCAUAUGCUAGGGAAACAAAGGACUCUGGUGGUCAAGGUGGUCCAAGCAUGCCUCCAGAUCCACACGCUUUUUAUCAGACUACUGUAGAGCCUUUUGUGCCGGAGAACAUUGUUCAAACCAAGCCGGAACUGCCAGUGGGAUUCAAGACCCCGAAGUUCAACAAAUAUGAUGGUACGGGCAACCCGAAGACACACUUGCGUUUGUUUGCCAACAAGUUGGGUAGACCAGUGGAUGACGAGAACUUGCCGUUAAGGUUAUUCCCGGAAAGUCUAGAAGGCGACGCCCUUGAUUGGUAUUCGAAUUUAAAGCCGGAGGAGUUAAAGGCCGCCGGGAAAAUUGGUAUGGUACCCCCUCCUACCUAUCCAUAUGGCAUGCCCGCCUGGUAUAACCCGCAAGCUGUCUGUGCUUAUCAUUCAGGGGCCGCCGGACAUUCGACUAUUGAUUGCAAGGCGCUUAAACAUAAAGUUCAAGACAUGAUUGAAGCCGGAGAGAUUGUAAUUAGGAGAAGGGAGGCACAAGGACCGAACGUAAAUAGAAACCCCUUGCCGGAGCACGCUAAUAUCAUUGGGGUCAUUCUGGAUGAUGCAGAGUAUGUGGAACAAGUCAAAAAAUUGGCGAGGGAAGCUGAAGUAUUUGGGAUCACAGACCAGCCAUUUGUCAUAGAAUUGCCAUUCGAAGAGGAUGAAAAGCCUUUUAUCUUGGAUCUCACGCCAGCUGAGAGGGAGGCUUUGGAGCCUGUAGUCAUUGAAUUCCCGAAGCAAGAGCCUGUUUUGAGUCUGCAACAAGUGCCAUGGAACUACGAUGAGCCCGUCAUACAGAUUAGGGAAAAAUCAAUUGCGAAGAAGGAAGUGUCAGUGGUCACCAGAUCAGGGAAGAUUGCCAGUCCAUUUGAAACUACCAUUCCGAUUCAAGCAAAUAAUUCCGAGCCGCCUGUUAAACCAACAAUCACCGAGAAAGAAGCCUUGGAUUUUCUUAAAAGGCUCCAGAGAAGCGAAUACAAUGUAAUCGAGAAGCUAAGCAAGUCACCUGCUCAGAUAUCCAUGUUGGACCUGCUCUUUUCAUCAGAUAUGCAUAGGGACGCGCUGAUUGAAGUAUUGACUAAAGCUCAAAUCCCUAGGGAUAUUUCAGUUGAUAAUUUCUCGCAUGUGGUUGGAAGUGUGUUAUUUACCAAACAAAUUACUUUUUCUGACGAUGAAUUGCCGGUGGAGGAGCCAAUAGGAGAAGUGGAUUUAGUCGUCGAGAUAGGGCCCGCCCAGUUUCAAAUAACCUGCCAAGUCAUGCACUUUCUUAGUGUUUACAAUGUUCUACUUGGAAGGCCGUGGAUUCAUAAGUCUGGGGCUGUGCCUUCUUCAUUACAUCAGUUGCUGAAGUUUGUAGUAAAUGACAAGCUGAUAACUAUAUUUGCCGAAGAGGAUUGCCUUGUAAUCACCGAUUCUGGGUCAAAAGAGAUAGAAGCCGCAAUUUGGAUCACAAACGAGGAGCGAGCUUUACCAAAGGCCAGUGUCAUGAUGGCCAAAGAAAUGAUCCGUGGAGGCUAUGAAUUUGACAAAGGGCUGGGACGAGAUUUGCAAGGAAUUCUGAAGCCAGUGGAGAUUGUGGAGAAAAAGGAUUCAUUUGGUUUGGGUUUCCGACCGACUGCCAAGGACAUCAGAGAGAUGAAGGAACGCAAGAAAGCGGAGAAAGAAGGAAGGCAAGGGGCUCUUGACAUUCCACCACUGCAUUAUACUUUCCCACGACCAGCCGAGGAGAUGCUUGAAUUUUUGACUAUGUUCCAAGAUGUCUUUGCAUGGUCCUAUGACGAUAUGACUGGCAUCUCAACUGAUGUUGUAGUGCACAAAUUGCCCACAGACCCUACUUUUCCACCCGUGAAACAAAAACUCCGAAAAUUCAAACCAGAUAUGAGCCUCAAAAUAAAAGAACAAAUUGAAAAACAACUCAAAACCAACAUUAUCAUUGUUUCCCAUUACCCAAUUUGGCUUUCGAAUCCAGUCCCUGUUCCAAAAAAGAAUGGAGAGGUGCGAGUUUGUGUAGAUUAUAGAGACCUCAAUAAAGCCAGUCCUAAAGAUGAUUUUCCACUGCCAAAUAUUCACAUUCUCCUGGACAAUACCGCUGGGCAUGAGAUUGAAUCCUUCUGUGAUUGUUUUGCUGGAUAUCACCAGAUUUUGAUGGCGGAAGAGGAUAGGGAGAAGACUGCCUUUAUCACCCCUUGGGGCACGUUUUGCUACCGAGUGAUGCCGUUUGGUCUAAAGAAUGCUGGAGCUACCUAUCAAAGAACCAUGACUACCCUAUUUCACGAUAUGAUCCACCAAGAGAUGGAGGUCUACGUGGAUGACAUCAUAAUCAAGUCUAAAAGAGCGGAAGACCAUUUGUUUGAUUUAAGGAAGCUGUUCGAAAGGCUGCGAAAGUACAAUUUGAAGCUAAAUCCUGCGAAAUGCGCCUUUGGGGCACCAGCGGGCAAAUUGUUGGGCUUCAUUGUGAGCAAAAGGGGCAUAGAGAUAGAUCCGGCAAAAAUCAAAGCAAUUCGAGAGAUGCCAGUGCCGAAAACUCAGAAGGACGUGAAAAGCUUCUUGGGAAAGAUCAAUUUUAUUGGGAGAUUCAUUGCCCAGUUAACGGCCACAUGCGAGCCGUUGUUCAAAUUAUUGAGAAAGAAUGUGCCGUUGUACUGGAAUGAGGAGUGCCAACAAGCUUUUGACAAGAUUAAAGAUUAUUUGCUGCACCCUCCGGUCCUAGUGCCACCUAAACCGAGCCGACCGCUGAUCAUGUACCUAUCUGUGCUCGACGGAGCAGUUGGUUGCGUUCUCGGGCAACACGAUGACUCUGGAAGGAAGGAGCAAGCCAUUUACUAUCUAAGCAAGAAGUUCACGCAAUACGAGGCUAAUUAUUCGUUCAUUGAGAAAAGCUGAUGUGCAUUGGCCUGGGCAGCUCAAAAGCUGAGACACUACCUGUUGAGCCAUACCACUUAUCUUAUUUCCCGAUCUGAUCCCUUGAAGUAUCUCCUGGAGAAGCCGAUGAUAACUGGACGUCUAGCUAAAUGGCAGAUAAUUCUCUCAGAGUUCGAUAUUGUUUUCACUUCACAAAAGGCCGUCAAGGGGCAAGCUAUAGCUGAUCAUCUGGCGGAAAAUCCAAGGGACAAUGAUUAUCAGCCACUUCACACCUAUUUCCCUGAUGAAAAUAUCUUAUUUGUAGGCGCCACGGACGAUAUAAGUGAGCAGAGCCCUGAAUGGAGGCUUUUCUUCGAUGCCAAAUUGCAAUUUGCUUGUACCAACAACAUGGCUGAAUAUGAAGCCUGCAUUUUUGGUCUCAAAAUGGCUUUAGAAAUGGAAAUCAACGAGUUGAUAGCCUUCAGUGAUUCAGAUUUGCUCGUGCACCAAACCUUGAAGCAGUGGAUAACCAAAGAUUCGAAGAUUUUGCCCUACCAUUGUAGUCUGCUCACUCUGGCCAAGCAAUUUCGAAAUUUGGAGUUCAGACAUCUCCCACGAGCCCGAAACGCAUUUGCCGAUGCUUUGGCCACCUUAGCCUCUAUGAUUCAGUAUCCAGAUGAGUUGAAGAUCGAACCGAUCCAGAUUCAGUUUCAAGACAAGCCUGCCCACUGUUGGGCAGUAGACAAGUCUUCUGACAGUGUUCCUUGGUUCAAUGAUAUUAAGGAGUUUCUUAAAACUGGGUUUUACCCUCUGCAUGCUAGUACCAAGGACAAGAGCUUUCUGCGUAGAAUGGUUUCAAAAUUCUUCUUGAGUGGAGAAGUUUUGUAUAAAAGAAUCUCAGAUUUGAACCUUUUAAGGUGCAUCGAUGAAGAUGAAGCUCAGUAUAUGAUGAAAGAAGUGCAUAGUGGCGUCUGUGGACCUCACAUGAAUGGCCAUUGGCUAGCGAAGAAAAUCAUGAGAACCGGAUAUUUCUGGCUUACUAUGGAUAUGAUCGCCCCGUGGCCCUGUUCAAUGUGGGGUAUGGACGUGAUUGGUACAAUCGAUCCACCCGCUUCAAAUGGACAUCGAUUUAUAUUGGUGGCAAUUGAGUACUUUACCAAAUGGGUUGAAGCGGAGUCGUUUAAACAUGUCACGAAGAAGGUAGUGGCCAAUUUCCUGAGAGAUCACAUCAUCUGUCGCUUUGGAGUACCCGAAACGCUUAUCACGGACAAUGCCAAGAAUCUGAACAAUGACAUGGUGGAUGGAUUAUGCGAGCAGUUCAAGAUCAGACACCGCAAUUCUGCCAUUUAUAGGCCUCAGAUGAAUGGAGCUGUAGAAGCCGCAAAUAAGAAUCUGAAGAAAAUACUUAUGUAUGGGAUGGAAGCUGUAUUACCAGCUGAGGUUGAAAUUCCGUCGCUACGAAUCCUUAUGGAAGCUAAAUUGGAGGAGGCCGAUUGGAUCAAGCAGCGCCAUGAGCAAUUGACUUUGAUAGAUGAGAAGCGAUUCAAUGCUAUCUAUCAUGGGCAAUGCUAUCAAAAACGUGUGGCCCGAGCUUACAACAAAAAAGUCCAUCGGCGGGCAUUUGAAGAAGGUGAUAAGGUACUGAAGCGAAUUUUGUCAAUGCAAGAUGAAGCUAAAGGCAAGUUCGCUCCAAAUUGGCAAGGGCCGUUCAUUAUCCAAAAGGUAUUACCUGGCGGAGCUCUUAUUUUGGCGGAAAUGGAUGGACGGGUUUUCCCUCAACCCAUCAACUCAGAUAUGUGCAAAAAGUUUUUCAUUUGA